AGUAGAUUAUGAAUAAUAAUUUUAUAAUUUAGAAAUACUUUAAAAUAUCGUUUAAAUGAUAAAAUGUCAAAAUGCCAAAUAUUUCAAUAUCCAAGAUAGCGCGUUUAAAAUUUAAAAGCUUAUCUGACCAGCAAAAUAUUUCAAUAUCCAAGAUAGCGCAUUUAAGAUUUAAAAGCUAAUCAUCUGACGACGGAUUGUUUUAUUUCGAAACGUAAAGGGAAUUACCGGGUGGGGUAUUUCGAAAUAGUAAAAUUUUGAAUAAAAAGGAACAUGAGGAAGUGAAUAGAACAGUUUUGUGUAAUUUUGUAAUACUUUCUGUUUCAAGCAUGGAACAUGGAUGUUUUUACAUAAAAUUGUUUGUUUUUAUAACUACAUUUGCUGUUAUAUUGCAAGAUUUUCAAGCGGACUGUAGAGGUGGCGGUCGUGGAGGCGGGCGUGGUGGUAGAUAUAGGGGCGGGGGAGCAGGAGGUUCAAGUGGCUCAAGUGGUUCUGGAGAUGGGACAUGGUGGAUCGUACUUGCCGUGAUUGGAGGAGUUUUUGUUCUUAUUGGACUUCUUGUUGUCAUAAUUUAUUGUCACAAAAAACGCUGAUACUUGCAGAAAAGACGCUGAAUAUAGCGAUAGUUUUCUGAUCUAUUCCAUCCCUUAUGAUGCUUGAUUAAUUAAAUACCUUUGUGCCAGGUCAACAUGUUAUACGAUUGCAACGAAAGAAUCACAACAAAAGUGACUUGCAUCAUCUUAAAAUCGAAUCAAGAUCCAGCCGGACGGUUAUUUGCCAUAAGCAGUCCCAAGGUCGUGCAAUAUUAAAUUGUAACGUCAAUGUUAGAAUUUUUAAUUAAUUGAAUUUUUAAUUUAUAAUAAAUAUAUUCAUAUGCAUUGCAUGUAUUUAAAAUUGAUU